AUGGUCAAUGGAAUUGUGGCAGACACAAGCCACUGGAAAUCGGCGUUGGGAGCCGUCGAUGGCGAUGUAUCGGAAGAAGACAUCGAUUUUGAGAAGGCUUGUUGUGCUGAUUCAGAAACAUCUUCUCAGGAAUUGGACGUUUCUAUAUUCGUUAUUUGGAUGGCCUCUCACGAAGUUGACCAGAAAUAUCUGGGUCAACUUGCGGCUACCACCAGCCAUGAAAACCCGUUUCUUUCGAGCAUGCUUUACAAGAUCCUUGGUCUAUCUGUAGUCCUAUCAAAAAAGCUUGUUCGCGCCCGAAAGCUCCGUCGUUUGGACCCGAUGCGUGAGACCAAAUCUUUGCAAUUGUAUUACCACAUUGUCUGGCUGUCCCGCGAAGGCUUGGUGAUUGUGGAACAGUACAUAUUGCCAAUGGUGCAGGAUUAUAUUUUGCUUAAAGUACUUGCCUACAAGUUGCGAGCAUCUUUUUAUCACAUCUUUGUCCUUUUUCAUAACCAACCUGCCAUCCAUACGCCCGGGAUUUCGAGUCUCCCAAGUUCCUCGAACCUGCAGAAUGGCAUUAAUCGUGCGCCAGCUGACACAUCUGAUUUGAAUCGAGAGUCUAUCUCCAAAACUCCUCCACCAUCAGAAGGCGGACCUGUACGACAGCCUUCCAAAAGCGAUUCUCAAAAAGGGCCGCCAGGCCUAGCUGCGGUUCCCCAACCUCAGCCAGCGGCAUCAUUUCUACUACCAGCCCUUGACUACACGAUAACUGCGACUCCAUGCUUCCGCCAUGCAGCUGCUUUAGCUGAUACUUUACUCCCAGGAUCGCAUCCUCUGCGUCUCUCUGUGAAGCUUGAGUAUGCAGCAUAUCUCUAUGACUGUCUCCACGACCCUGAUGCUUGUCGCCGGCUAGCCAAACAGACCAUUGCAGAUGUAUACAAUGCCCAAGAAGGAAUGGAUGAUGAUAGUUUUGAGGAUGCAGCGGAGUUGGUUGCUAUCCUCGGACGAAUGGUCAAGCGUGGUGGUAAAACGAGCAGUGCUGGGGGUAGCAGUAUCGAUCGAUCUCGCAGUAAUGACGGUCAAAGUACCACCAAAGGGACGCCGCCUGGACAUAAGUUACACACCCCAUCACGCCAGUCAACUCCAACACACCAGAAAACUCCAUCUCAUCAGCAAUCAGCUUCCUCUACUCCGACCCGAAAGAAAUAUUCCCCUACAUCUCCACAGACGAAAGGCAAAUUAGGAUCGAAACAAUCACCGUCCGCCGCAUCCGGGGGCAGCACGACACCUAAAGCCCCUGUUCCAAUUAUCAACCCGAUAUAA